AUGAAGCAGAGAACCUGGCCUGGUCAACCUGACGGCUCUCGAUUUAAAGCGCUUCCAAUCAAACACCAAUUCCAUCAACCCACCUUCAAAUUCUGGUCGUCAUCGUCAUCAGAAGCAGCUUUUCGGCAAAUAAGAUCAUCAGAUCGUGAUUUUUCCACCCUUCCCUACGAUAUAUUGACCAAAAUAGCGGCGUCGUUCACGCUUCCUAAUCUGCAAACGGCGUCGUUGGUGUGCAAGUCAUGGAGCGAAGGGCUUCGGCCGUUGAGGGAAGCUAUGUUGUUCCUAAAAUGGGGAAAGCGGUUCAAGCAUGGCCGAGGAGGUGUGCGCCCUAAUUUGGACAAGGCUCUCGAUUCCUUUUUAAAAGGUGCAGCUCGUGGGUCCACCCUUGCUAUGGUUGAUGCUGGUCUUCUUUACUGGGAAAUUGGCAACAAAGACAAGGCAAUUGCGCUUUAUGAAAAGGCUGCACAGCUUGGAGAUCCCUCUGCACAGUGCAAUCUUGCCCUUUCUUACUUGCAAGAACCUUCAAAAAGAAAGAUAGCAGUAAAAUGGUUGUUUCAGGCUUCCAAAUCUGGUCAUAUUCGUGCUCAAUACCAACUUGCACUUUGUUUACAUCAAGGUCGUGGGGUGGAUCGUAAUCUACAUGGGGCUGCUAGAUGGUAUCUAAAAGCGGCUGAGGGUGGAUAUGUGCGUGCAAUGUACAAUGCUGCUUUGUGUUACUCAGUUGGGGAAGGUUUGGCUCAGAGUCAUCGACAAGCAAGGAAAUGGAUGAAGCGGGCAGCAGAUCGUGGUCAUAAUAAAGCUCAAUUUGAACAUGGACUUGGACUUUUUUCUGAAGGAGAGAAGUUGAAAGCUGUAGUUUACCUAGAACUUGCCACUCGUGGUGGUGAAACAGCAGCUGCUCAUGUCAAGAAUGUAAUUUUACAACAACUAUCAGCAACUUCACGUGAUCGUGUCAUGAAUCUUGCUGAUAACUGGCAUCCUUUGCCUUCUUCUCGCUGA